AUGACCUCGGGCUCUUUGGGGGUCCAGGGUCUGACGGGGUGCUGGCCAGCGGUUGGGACUGCGGGCGAGUGGAGGAGAGGUGUGGAGUGUAUUUAUUUAACAAUCAUUUCCCCCCAAGGUUCAAGCACUGUCUUCCUGUUGGCCCUGACAAUCAUAGCCAGCGCCCAGGCUUUGACGCCCACUCACUACCUCACCAAGCAUGAUGUGGAAAGACUGAAAGCCUCGCUGGACCGCCCUUUCACAAGUUUGGAGUCUGCUUUCUACUCCAUCGUGGGACUCAGCAGCCUUGGUGCCCAGGUGCCAGAUGUAAAGAAAGCGUGCACCUUCAUUAAAUCAAACCUUGAUCCCAGCAAUGUGGAUUCCCUUUUCUAUGCCGCCCAGUCCAGCCAGGCCCUCUCAGGGUGUGAGAUCUCUAUUUCAAAUGAGACCAAAGACCUGCUGCUGGCAGCUGUGAGCGAAGACUCCUCGGUGGCCCAGAUCUACCAUGCAGUGGCAGCCCUGAGUGGCUUUGGCCUCCCCUUGGCUUCCCAGGAAGCGCUCGGUGCCCUUACCGCCCGCCUCAGCAAGGAGGAGACUGUGCUGGCAACAGUCCAGGCUCUGCAGACGGCCUCCUACCUGUCCCAGCAGGCUGACCUGAGAAGCAUCGUGGAGGAGAUUGAGGACCUUGUUGCUCGCCUGGAUGAACUGGGAGGUGUGUAUCUCCAGUUUGAAGAAGGACUGGAAACAACGGCUUUGUUUGUGGCUGCCACCUACAAGCUUAUGGACCAUGUGGGGACGGAGCCGUCCAUUAAGGAGGAUCAGGUCAUCCAGCUCAUGAACGCCAUCUUCAGCAAGAAGAACUUUGAGUCGCUCCCUGAAGCCUUCAGCGUGGCCUCCGCUGCCGCCGCGCUCGCUGAGAAUCGCUACCACGUGCCCGUGGUGGUUGCGCCCGAGGGCUCUCCUUCCUACACUCAGGAACAGGCUGUCCUGCGGUUGCAGGUCACCAACGUUCUGUCCCAGCCUUUGACUCAGGCCACUGUUAAACUUGAGCAUGCGAAAUCUGUUGCUUCCAGAGCCACAGUCCUACAGAAGACAUCGUUCACCCUCGUCGGGGAUGUUUUUGAGCUAAACUUCAUGAAUGUCAAAUUUUCCAGUGGUUAUUAUGACUUCUCUGUCAAAGUUGAAGGUGACAACCGUUAUAUUGCAAAUACUGUAGAGCUCAGAGUUAAGAUUUCCACUGAAGUUGGCAUCACAAAUGUUGAUCUCUCCACUGUGGAUAAGGAUCAAAGCAUCGCCCCUAAAACAACGCGGGUGACCUACCCAGCCAAAGCCAAGGGCACAUUCAUCGCGGACAGCCACCAGAACUUUGCCUUAUUCUUCCAGCUGGUAGAUGUGAACACUGGCGCUGAACUCACCCCUCACCAGACAUUUGUCCGACUCCACAACCAGAAGACUGGCCAGGAAGUGGUGUUUGUUGCAGAGCCGGACAGCAAGAAUGUGUACAAGUUUGAACUGGACACUUCUGAGAGAAAGCUCGAAUUUGACUCUGCAUCUGGCACCUACACUCUCUACUUGAUCAUUGGAGAUGCAACUUUGAAGAACCCAAUCCUGUGGAAUGUGGCUGAUGUGGUCAUCAGGUUCCCUGAAGAUGAUGUUCCGUCAACUGUCCUGUCCAAGAAUAUUUUCACCCCCAAACAGGAAAUUCAGCACCUGUUCCGUGAGCCUGAGAAGAGGCCCCCCACAGUGGUGUCCAAUACAUUCACCGCCCUGAUCCUCUCGCCCCUGCUCCUGCUCUUUGCUCUGUGGAUCCGGAUUGGUGCCAAUGUCUCCAACUUCACUUUUGCUCCCAGCACGAUUGUCUUUCACCUGGGACAUGCUGCUAUGCUGGGACUCAUGUAUGUCUACUGGACACAACUCAACAUGUUCCAGACCCUGAAGUACCUGGCCAUCUUAGGCAGUGUGACGUUUCUGGCUGGCAAUCGGAUGCUGGCCCAGCAGGCAAUCAAGAGGAUCGCUGCAGAGCAGAGCAGUAGAUUGGCAAAAUAUAGGACACUACGCACAUUAGUUCCAGAAAAAGGAAGGAAGUUCUGA